CGAGUUGGGCGGCAGGCGGAGACAAAAACAGCUGUAGGAAAAAUGGAAUAAACAUUAUGUUCAAUCAUUUAUCUUUUCCCACUAUAACUAGUUAUCUAAUAUAAAACAGUUCGGAAAUAAUACCAUCGCGGGUCAAGUCGGGACUCCUCGCCAUGGCAGCUGAGGAGGAGAGGGGUGUAGUUCGUGUCAGAGUCAAGAAGUCUGAGGGAAUGUUGCCAACAGAGUUCCGGUCCUUUGCAGUCGACCCCCAGAUUACAUCACUGGAGGUUCUGCAGCACAUCCUUGUUCGAGCCUUUGAGUUAAACGGGAAGCGUACUUUUGGCAUCAGCUACCUGUCCCGGGACCGUGGGGGCGUGGAGGUUUACCUGUCACUCCUCUCUGACUGGGACCUGGACGCAGCGUUUGUCAGUGCAGCCAAACCCUACCUGCAGCUGAAGAUUGACAUCAAACCCUGCGAAGACAGCCCGGUGCUGGAGGACUGGGACAUUAUCAGCCCUAAAGAUGUGAUCAGCUCAGACCUCCUGCCCGGGGAGAAACGCUCGCUGGCUGCAGCUGCCCUCCCAUUCACGCAGUCUCUGCUUUCCCAGGUUGGCCGGACGCUGUCCAGGGUGCAGCAGGCCCUGAGCUGGACCUACGGCGAGGAGGUGAAGCCUUUCAAGCCCCCUCUGAGUGACACAGAGUUCCACAGCUACCUGAACGGCCAGGGGCAGCUGUCCCGCCCAGAGGAGCUACGCUUGCGCAUCUACCACGGCGGUGUGGAGCCCUCCCUGCGCAAGGUGGUGUGGCGGUACCUGCUGAACGUGUACCCUGACGGGCUGACGGGACAGGAGAGGAUGGACUACAUGAAGAGGAAGACCAGGGAGUACGACCGGCUAAAGGCGGAGUGGAUGGCGCGGGCCAGCACGGAGGACCUGGAGUUCAUCAGGGGCAACGUGCUGAAGGACGUGCUACGCACAGACCGCGCACACCCUUACUACGCUGGGUCUGAGGACAGCCCCCACCUCAGCGCCCUGACCGACCUGCUGACCACCUACGCCAUCACACACCCACAGGUGUCUUACUGCCAGGGCAUGAGCGACAUCGCAUCCCCCAUCCUGGCGGUGAUGGACAACGAGGCCCACGCCUUCAUCUGCUUCUGCGGGAUCAUGAAGCGUCUGGAGGGGAACUUCAGGCCCGACGGCCAGCUCAUGUCCGUCAAGUUCCAGCACCUGAAGCUGCUGCUGCGCUACUCCGACCCGGAGUUCUACGCCUACCUGGUCUCCCGCGGCGCCGACGACCUGUUCUUCUGCUACCGCUGGAUCCUGCUGGAGCUCAAGCGCGAGUUCGCCUUCGAGGACGCUCUGCGCAUGCUGGAGGUGACCUGGAGCUCCCUGCCGCCCGACCCCCCAGAGACCGAGGUGGAGCUGCUGGGGCCGGCCCAGGAGGUUGAGCUGGACGGGGCCGGGGCAGGGCCGGGGGCCGGGCUGGGGGAGCAGAAGGCCAGGCAGCGAAGGCGGCACAUGCUCAGGCCCUCACGGGAAGAGGGCGACUGGGGCAGGGGGGCGGGUGUGGGGCAGGAGGAGGCGGGGGCGGCCCAGGACCAGCCCAGGGAGGAGGGGGAGGGGGGACGCAAAGCAGACGAUUCGGGAAGAGGAGGAGGAGGAGGUGGCGGAGGGGGGGAUGGGAGGUGCGAAGGGUUCAAAGUCAACCCCUUCGCCAAGCAGGGUAGUUUCGGGGAGUUCAAGUACUACAGCGCCCACAACGGGGACAGCUUUGAUCUGGACGAGCCGGAGUAUCCGUCCCGCUCUGUUUCCGGCGCUCCGCCCCCGCGGCAGCCCACCGAGGAGAGCGAGGAAGACCAGGGUGAGGAAGACCCUCUGAUAAGAGCGGAGGACACGCCUCCCCCCUCAGUGGCUUGUGGGAGACCGUCCCCUAAUGGGCAGAUGGCCUCCCCCCUCUCCCCACUCCCCCCCUGCCUCCCCAGCUGGAAAAGCCCUGCUGUGUCCCCACCCUCUGUAACCAGCUGGAGGGCACCCGCUACUUCCAAACCGGCGACCUCUUUCUCCUUCCUGAAUGGGAGGGCCGAGUCCCCAGCCACGCCUUCGACCACGCCCACCACCGGGAGGCAGGUCUCUUCCCCAUUUGCCCCCGGUGACAUGGGGGCCACGCCCACGUCCCCGGCCACGCCCACGGGCAAGCCCUGUCUUUCCUCUCCGUCCUUUUGCCCCGCCCCGAGCCGCUCCCUCCUCUCCUCCCCCAUCCUGUCCUUCGGCAGGGCCUCCUCCUCCCCGACCUGCGCUCCCAGCAAACUCCCCCUCCCCGGAACCCUGCCCUCCCCGGGGGCCAGACCCGCCACCGCUGGCACCCCCUCCGGCCUGGAGGCCACCAAGCCGGCCUCCCUGCCGCCCCCCCAGGAGUUUGGGAAGGGGAACCCCUUCAUGCUGUUCCUGUGCCUGUCCAUCCUGCUGGAGCACCGCGACCACAUCGUGAAGAACAGCCUGGACUACAACGAGCUGGCCAUGCACUUCGACCGGCUAGUGCGCCGGCACAACCUGGCCCGGGUGCUGCAGCGCGCCAAGGCCCUGUUCGCAGACUACCUGCAGAGCGAGGUUUGGGACUCGGAGGAAGGGGACGAGGUCAGCUCUGACUCCCCCACCGCCGCCAAUACCCCCACCACCGGUCCCCCCUCGCCACCGGUCCCUUCCUCCCCAGAGUCCACCUCCCCAAAUUCCACCUACAACCUGGCAACCACCAUUCCCUCACUCCCCACGUCACCCAACCUGGCAACCAGCAGCUUCUCACACCCCGCCUCUCCCAACCUGGCAACCACUAUCCCAUCACUGCCCACGUCCCCUCUGUCACCUGCUGCCUCCUGACCUUUCCUGUGUUUGCCCGUCUCUCUCACACACACACACACACACACACACACACACACACACACACACAUUCACACACUCACACACACAUUCACACACUCACACACUCAUGGACACACUCUUACACCUGUGUGAUUCCCUUUUUACUCUAUUUAUGAUCUUUUCUUGUGAAUGUAUCUUCCAUCCUUAUGUUACCUUGUGUCACGUUUUGUGCUUUCUAUUUAUUUCCCUGUCCCUUACAAACCCCUACGAUCACAGGUCCACAACCCUGGUCCUUCAAAGUCACAGGGUCUGCUGGGGUUCCAAACCUCUGUCCUGGAGAUUCACAGACUGGCUACUGCUUUCAUCCUAAAAUCAGCAGCCAAUUCAGACCCAGGAAACCAGGCAUGAGGCAAGUUAACUGUGCAAUCAAAGUUUAGCUUUAACUGAUUAUGUUCUGAUUAAGAACCAAAACCACCAGACCCUCCGGCUGCCAGGGUUGAGGACCCUCUUCUCUUGAACCUGAGUAAAUUUCAUGCUCCACCCCUCUUGCCUCCUCUCCAAGGUCUGGCAGUUUCAGUCUGAUCACAACAAUGGAAGCCAUGCUUUCAGAGUCUUUAAUGACCCCUUCUGUCUCUGCUUCUCACCUCCCUGUUUUUCUGGGAGACCAAAAACGUCUUCAAAUGAACACUGAACACUAUGAUCAAUGAAUGAACAAGAUAAAAAGGAAGUAAUAUAUUUAAACUAAAUGUGCCAUUGGCUUUCUAAGUUAUGAGGGACUGCCACUUGACUGAGACAUCUGCAUUUUUCAGCGAUACCAUAACUCCUCUACAAAGGUAUUUAAGAAAUCGAAAGAUGUUUUUAUUUCCAAAAAAUGUAGUGUUAGCUGGCUAACAUUAGACGUGAAUAUAUGAAUAACAUUAGUUACCUUAUGUUAUUCUACAUUAUAUACUAACAAUACCACAUAACUGGACUGUAAGGAUGCUAACUAAACUUAUGCUUCUGUCAAAGAUACCUCUGCUAGCUUGGCAGGAAAUUUAACGAAAUGGUUAGCUGAAACACAGUUAGAUAAGGGACCCUGAAGAACCCCUUGCAUCAAAAUAUACUAAAGGGGCAGUUCACCCAAAAAUGAAAUUAAGAUAUGUUUCCACUUACCCAGAGUACUAUCUUAUGUGUGAUUGUUUUGGAUUUAAAUACUUCUCUACCCUUUACUGAACUUGGCUGGUGUACUGGAACCUAUGAAAUACCCUCAAAAAGUACUAACCCCGCCUUCUAGUCCUCUGGCUUAGUUGCACCAGGCAAGAUCAAUGGAGCACAGAAAACGAUUUGAAUCCAAAAUGAUUACGCAUUUGAUCCAGAUCGGCUGUCUAUUCAUCCAGGGAUUUGAGGAGUUUUCUUGAUAUUCACUGCAGCUCUUCUACGUCUGCUACCAACGGACACCAACUGUAUCCACACAGUCUCAACCAAAGCAUGCCAUGGAGCAGGAGUGGGCAAUCCUGGUCUUGUGUCAGUAACUAUAACAUGUCGUUUCAGUUUUAAAGUUUGCAUUAUCAGGUUUUAUAAAAUCAGUGCUGCAGCCUAUAAGACCGAAACAGAAAAUUCAUUCAUUCAUUUCUGAGCAAAGCUGGGAAAUCAUUGGGAUAAAGCCUCUCCAUACACUAUACCCAGAGGAAGAGAAGUGCAUAGACAUAGGCCACAACCGCUUUUGGCAUCAGACACUGCGUUGUGCUACUGUUCCUCUCUCAUUUUAUUAUUUUAUUUUCUACUUCCUGUAUAAAAAAAGCGCAAUAUCGGUGGACUGUAACGAGGACAUAACUAAGGUGCUCAGAAGCUAAUACUCGGAGAGGAGGCAAAUCAUGUGGAGUGAUUGACACCAAUCAGCUACUCUUUAGUGGAGGUCAACAGCGUGUAGAAAAGUUAAACUUUACAGGGUUGUUACAGAAUGUACAUGCACGAUGAAGAGAAAAUCAAGACCGUAAACAUCAGAGCAAUAUUCUUGUGAAGGGCGGUUUAUAUUUGUGUGAAAUUCAGAUAGGUCUAGCUGUCAUGCAGACAUUUUCCAUUUAUACUUUUAAGAUGACAAUCAUUCCAUGUCACAAGUGCACUACAUAAGCAUACACAAGUAUCAGAACAAAACUUGUAUCGGAACAAAUUUUGUUCUGAUGCAAGUAGACAUUUUCCUUCACAUUUUGUACAUACCUGUGGGGAGCCUUUUGGAAACACCAGGCUUUGAGAAUCAAUGACAUGAAUUGAUUUUGGAGAUCUGUUUAUAGACAGCAGUUCUUCUCAGCUCUGGUCCUAGAAAGUCACAGGUUCUGUUGUUUUUUUCUUAAAAUUCUGCAACCAGUUCAGACCCAUGAAACCAGGUCAGGUUUCUGUAUAACUGACUGCUGAGUAAAAAAAUGUUUUGGUCAAAUCUGAAUUAUUCUUUCCCCCUGUCUGGGCUAGUAUUGAUGCUUUUCCCAUUGUCCUCUAGAGUGGUACUUCCACCCAGGAGAGAGAACACGAUUCUGAAAUGCUUUCUGAAAUGAAUCAAGUUGGUCAAAGAACCGUGAAAUUGCUGUUCCACAGAGAUUCUUAUUUUACUGAAGGAAAGAAAAAAAAAACCAGUUCUGUAAAUUAUUAGAAUUUCACUUACUUUUAAUAUUGGUAAAUGCAUUAAUAUCAUGUUUGGCUGAUUUUGUGCCAUUGAACAUACCCUUUGUGUGCUCUGGCUUUGCGUUAUUGAAGUGCCUCAUUACUGUACGUCUUUAAACCAUGAAUCUUUCAUUUUGGUGCUUUUUUUCUUUUUUCCGCAAAUCAAAUUGGAGAGGUUCUGUCUAAUCAUAAUUGAAACGUUUGCACAGGUACCAAUUUUGGCAUGACUCAUUUUCUCCCUCUCCCAUUAACCAGAAAUGGUUUCCUGCUUUCAUUAAAACCAGCAUGGGUCAUUAUACUGGGAGUUUUGUCACCAUUUUAUUGCAAUGAGCCGUUUCCAGUAUUCUCUUUGAAAUAAUUAAACGGAUCAUUGUUUUAUACUGUAUAAAAUACUAGUGUCUUUCUGCAAUGAGUGUGCUCUUCAGCACCACAGAAGGCAUUCUGAACUGGGCAAAAUGUUUCAUGUCUCAUCUAAUUUUCUGUCAGCAUUUUGCCUUUGGAAAUAAUGGACUAUUUGUGCCAUCCAGUCUUUGUUUGUGACUUACUAGUGGGUGAGUAUCAACAACUUGAUAUUACAAAAAACCCUUUUUUAUUGCUGUACUGUAUGGUCAGGCAUAGUGAAGUUUAACAUAAUGAGCGAUUAUUCAGUCUUUCGACUGCCCUUUUACUCGUGAACAUGCCGUUUUUUUCCCUGACUGCUAUAAAACAAUGAAACGAUGAAACCUGAACAGUGACUCAUGUUUCCGUCCAGUCUUUGUUUUCUUUUGUGUCUGAAGAGAGGAUGUGAAAAGUGAUGGACAGUAAAAGACUUUGCCGAAGUGAACAUCCUUUUGAGGCCAGUUUCCUCUCCUGAAGCGUGAGCAACUACAGAACCCUAUAUUUAUUUUCCUUUUUUUUUUAUGAUGUUCUUACAAGAUUCAAUAUUUGCACAAUUGUUUUCCUGUGUCUUUACUUGAAUGCAAGCAAUGGGUGUAUUUGACAAAUAAAAACACCUUGUAGGAUGGCUUUUUAUUUUAUUUAUUAUUGGUCAUUUUUUUCCAUGACAUACAGCUUGAAUGGGCCAGAGAUAUUGACAUCAUUGCAUUGUUUUUACUGACAAUUGCAUGAAGCCUGCUGUAACCGCAAAGGAAAGUUUCGCUUCCAAAAACACACAAAAGAUCAACUCCAAAAACGAAACUGACUAAAUCGAAGCAGUUCAAACCCAGGUGGUAUUCACAGAAUUGUGUGUAUGAAUGUAUGAAUAUUACUGUAAAUAGAAAAGUUACAAUAAAGCUAUACUCACAGUUGGUAA